CUGGCCUCACUUUUCAUCAGCCAUGGCAGAUUUGACCUGAAAAUGGUGCUGUGAUCGAGAUAUGUAGCACAACUGCCCCGAAUCUACUGCCCCAUUACAGCACAUGAUUAACGACAAAUGUGGUGUAUGUAUAGAAGCAAUGUCUCACAUCUUAACACCCAGAUAUUCCCUGGCUCCUAAUUCGCAUGGGACAGUACGGAAUGCCGGGUUCUAUGAUAUCAAGAAGAGGCUUUAUGGAGCAUCUGGAUGAGACAGGGCGCCCACCAUGGAUAUAGCUUACCCUGGGCACCCUUAUAACGGACCGCAAUGCCCUGUUCCUCCUUCGAACGCCGACAGAAAUCCGUUCUACAAUGCAAAGCGCUAGGGCUUGCGCAUACCUGUCAAGUUUUCUCCCCUCCAAGACCGAUUUUGCUUCAUUGCCAUGGAUAUAGUUUUUUACGAAAAGAAUAUGAGGAAUAUGAGCUUUCACGGGAUUCCCCAGAAGCUUAUGUUUUUGCUCACCCUGCAGCGGCCAUCUUCGAUUUUCGCGACACCUAUAGCCCAUGGAGAGUCAGAAGGCUCUUUACAAACUCCUAUGUUUUCCUCUGCGCGGCGUGCUCCACCUUGGGUGGGUUACUGUUUAGACACGACCAAGGCGUUGUCUCCAUUAUUCUUGUGAUGCCACAGUUCCUCGAUCGACUCGAGCGAGUCUCCGAAGAGGCAUCUGGCGCAGAGUUCUGGAAAGGCCUAAUGACUGCCAUGAUUGACCUGACAGCCUUAUUUGGCGCAUUUAAUCAAGCUGGAUUGCGGAUACGCUCUCGAGGAAACAUUUAACGCUGACCGCGGAAAUCAUUUUCACCGCAUGUUCGAUUUUACAAACAACCGGUGUUGAUUUUGCUAUGCUUACCUGCACUCGACUUAUCGGUGGUAUCGGAGUUGUUAUGUUUAGCAUGGUGGCCCCUUUGUAUAUUUCUGAGAUUAGCCCGCCUGAGAACCGAGGAACAUUGUUGACGUUGGAAGAAUUCUGCAUGGUUGCAUCGCUGGCGUCGGGAUGGCGCGAUGGCGAUGCAUUACCAAGCCUAGUCCGAUUGCGCCAACUUUCCGAGGAUGACAAGCGCAUUCGGCUACAGUAUACUGAUGUUUUUGCCGACACUCGAUUCCAGAAAGCAAUCAGUGCCACGAGGCAUCCAGAGCUCCAAGGCGAGUGCUAACAGUUGGAUUUCAUCCCGAUACUAUAGUUGGUCAACAGCAACGCUUUGAUAUCCCACGCUUUUCAAUACCAAUGGGAUGGAUUAUUCCAUGCAACUAAUCAUGUCUAGCGUUCUCCAUAUCACCCAGCUCGUUGGCGUGGUUUCAAAGAUCUGGACUAUGGACCAUUUUGACCGCCGGCCGAUACUCCUCUGGGGUUCAGUCGCGAUGACAACAUCUCACAUCAUCAUUACCGCCCUUGCUGGCCUAUUUGAUAAACACUUGCCUUCACAUCGAUCAGAAGGUCCCUUGGGCCAUGUCGUCCGGUAUGUCGUUAACGAACCUAGCCAUCGUUGUUUUGUGAAAGUCGUCUCGGCCGAUUCGACUUUCAGAAGUCUUCCCAUCGUCUCUCCGCGUCAAGGGUGGCGCCCUCUCGACCCGCUCAGACUAGUUCAACAAUUUUAUCAACGACCUUAUCACCACUUCCCUCGUCCAAAACGCUGGCUAUGGCGCGUAUGUCGUCUUCGCAUUCCUGUGCCUCCUAUCAUUGAUCUGGUGCUUUCUUUCAUUCCUGGAACCAGUGGACGUACACUCAAGCAGAUGGACCAUGUCUUCAAGGAUUGAUCCAACGAGCAAGAGGAAGCAAUGCGUCGAGAGAUCGAAGCCGAAUUGUUAAAGGGACGCGUGGAAGUGCCCUCCGGUCUGACGCGCGGUGGUUCAGUUCGAUAGCAAGGUAAUAGUUGGCAAUAGCUCCAUGAAUACGGAGUACAAACACAGGACAAAUCAGCAAACGAAGCAACUAGUUAGUUAACUUUCUAGACGGGACGGCGGACAGGGAAGAGGAGGUAGUUUGGACACCGAUCGGCCCAUUCCUACUAGGUUGGGAAACCGGUUUUUUUUCCCCUACAUGGGAUCUUAGCAUUUUCAUUGAAGAGUUUAAGAUAAUAAUACUCCCGUUAAUAGGGGUAUUAAUUAUAAUUAUGUUCUA